UCCUAGAAAUCUGACCUCGGGCCACAAUUGGAUAGAAGAAAAAGCAAUGCGUUCAGAACUUUACUUCCCAAAGAUUGGAAAUAACCCAAGUGUUCAAGGAGGAGAGGCGAGAGUAUGUGAAUUACAACUAUCUGUUUACCAGACACUGGGGAAUGCACUUUUCAUUCAGUAUCUCAUUUUGUCCUCAAAACAGACCUAGCAGUUCUGGAGGUCAGAAGUCUGAAAUGAGUCUACUAGGUGAAGAUCAAGGUGUCGGCAUGGCUGCAUUUCUUCGGGAGGCUCUGUGGAAGAAUCUGUUUACUUGCCUUUUCCAGCUUCUCCAAGUCAUUAAUGAGAUCCUUGGAUCUGCAUUUACUGCUCCAUCUGAUCCCACAACUGCGUCUGAAUGGCGUAUGUGGCUCUGGACCGUCAAGCACAUACCAGGUUGCUCUGCUGUGCUCCAUCUCCUUCUUCUAAAGAUGCAUCCUGACUUAUCUCCACACUUGCAUACUGAAGAAUGCAACGUCUUGAUUAACUUGCUUAAGGAAUGUCACAAAAAUCACAGCAUUCUGAAAUUUUUUGGUCAUUGCAAUGAUCUUGAUCGGGAGAUGAGAAAAUGCUUGAAGAAUGAGUACAUGGAAAAGAGGAACAAGAGCAGGGAGCGUGGCAACGCAAUGCGAAAGAGACUUUUUAAUCCUCCAGAGGAAUCUGAAAAAUAGAUCAUAUUUUCACUGGAUGCCUUGGCUGAGAGAAGACCCAAAGACUCUUGGGUGGUAGCUGAAGGAAUCCCGUUGCAUUUGGUCUCCAGAAUUCUUUGAAUGGAAAGUGACCCAUGAGAAAUCGAGCCUUGGAGAAGUAUGGCAGCCCUGGAUCCGGAAUGUUGGUUGGGCAGAGCUGUUAGAACUCUCUCUCCUCUUCCAGCGCACCUGAGACUUCUAACGUGUUUGUUCCCUUUGCCUACGGCCCGUUGACAUUUGAGUAACUUAUCUCCCUCAAUAAAAUCAUUGAUUCUAA